AUGGCGACGGACAACGUGGCGAGGACUUUGCUGCUGCUGCUGCCGCUGUUCCUGUACACCGUCACGUUGGCGAGCAGCGGCGCGAGCUUUGAUAUGGUGGACCAGCGCAUCCUUCGCCAUGUUGCAGUGAAACCGGGUGAUCGGCCCGAAAUGAUGAUGAUGGGUGGUGUACAGUCAGGCGGUAGCAGUUCCGGGCAGCACGGUAACGAUCGUGAAAUGAUACAACCAACGAAUGAAACGAAUAUUCAUGGUAGUAGCGUCACCACCAGCACCAGCCUCGUUAGCAACGUCAAUAACAGCAUCAGCAAUUUAAGCGACAGCAUGCUCCUGUGGAGCCAAUAUGUUGGCCGUUCGCGGUACGUGCUGGAGGUGGAUCCGGAGUUUGUGGCCAAAAUCAAUCCCUUCUGGCUGCAGUUCGAUCCACCGAGCGCCGGUGAGCAUUACGGGCUGGCCGCCUUCUACUUCCUAAUGAUGCUGUUCGGUGUGAUUGGCAACGCGCUCGUCAUCUUCAUGUUCAACAGAUAUCGCUCCCUGCGCACACCUGCCAACUACCUGGUGGUGAACUUGGCGGUGGCUGAUUUGUUGAUAAUGCUCGAAGCCCCGCUGUUCAUUUACAACAGCAUUUAUCAGGGACCGGCUUUCGGUUCGAUCGGAUGCACGGUGUACGCACUGAUGGGAGCGAUCGGUGGUACCGUGGCCAUCGGAACACUGACGGUCAUCUCGAUCGAUCGCUACAACGUGGUGGUGUUUCCGCUCAACCCGAACCGUUCGACGACCAAGCUCAAGUGUUACAUCACGAUCGCCUUCACCUGGGCGUACGGGUUGCUGUUCGCCGGUCUACCAGCCCUCGAGAUCGGUUUGAGCCGGUACACGGCCGAGGGUUUUCUGACCGCUUGCAGCUUCGACUAUCUCGAUCGCACGUACAAGGCGCGUGUGUUUAUGUUUGUGUACUUUGUGUGCGCGUGGGUGUUGCCACUGCUCAUCAUCAGCUACUGCUACGCCCGCAUCCUCUUCGCGGUGGUCAACGCCAACAGCAUUCAGUCGAAUAAAACGAAGAACAAAACGGAGGUGAAGCUGGCGGGCGUUGUGGUCGGCAUUAUUGGGCUGUGGUUCAUCGCCUGGACACCGUACGCGGUGGUCGCGAUGCUGGGUGUAUUCGGGUACGAGCAUUACCUGACGCCCCUCAACUCGAUGCUACCGGCCGUGUUCGCCAAGAUAGCGGCCUCAAUCGAUCCGUACUUUUACGCGAUGAAUCAUCCCCGCUACCGGCAGAUGCUGGAACGUAUGUGUUGCAACCGGGGCGCCGAACAGGGCAACUCGCAGUACCAGACAUCGCACUACAAUACACGCGGUCCAUCGCGAGGUGGUGAUUCGGAGGCGGGUGAGAAUGAGUCAGCUGGUCCGAGUGUGGCGUCGCGUGGCCGUAACAGUUCGGUUUCUAACAUGCCCUCCGGUGGAGCGCGUGCUGGUAGCAUCAAGCAGCAGCAGCAGCGCACCGGUGGACUGGCCGGUUUGAAGCGGCAGGCCUCGCACGGUGAUGACUCGUCGAUGGAGAUUUCGGUCGAAAUGUAACAACGCAGCAGGCGAGGAGUUCAGCUCCUCCGGGUAACCGAAAACUACGAAAACAGUGCCUUCUUGUAGCGUAAUCGGAGCGUAGCGGUGGGAAUCAGUAGCAGCACCAGCAGCACCAGCAGCAGUAGAGCUGCAGAGCUGGGCUACUCUCUUCUCUGGAUUGCGAUUGCGCCCUGGAAUCCACAAUCGCACGGUCGUUAAAAGUAUCCUCACGACGUUUCAAUUAACCUUCUACACGUUUCACCACCACCAUGGAUGUCCCAAACUGAAUCCCACGAGUUAAAGUGUUCGUGUUUUGUGCUGACACGACAGUGCGAGUCCGGAAGUGUCUGAGCAGCAGACGCGCCUCCAAAACUUCUUGAUUGAUAGCAUCACAAGCUGAUGAGGAGAGGAGCGCUAACUAUAAAAGAACAGAUAGAUUGAUCUAGUAUCCAUCGAUAGCUCAUAAGAAAGGUAGAGAGAGAGAGAGAGAGAGAGAGAGAGAGAGAGAGCGAGAGCGAGAGAGAGUUUGUGUACCUAUGGCAACGGUCGCGACCUACCCCGUGUUUCGGGAGUUCAAACCGAUUCGUGAACCGUGCGGGGUGGGCCUGUGCCCAAAGCAAUUAGAACGAGACAUGAUAAGGCAGCAGAUAAGGGAGCGGAGAGGGGGCGAACAGAGGAAUCCCCCCUCAAAGUAGUCACCCAAGCAACUGCUGCUGACUGCGCGGUAAUAGUUUCUUGUUUUUUCGCUGUCUAUUUUUUUUCUUCAAAAGUUUUUUUGAGGAGUAACUGCUGUCUGCAAUUCUGUGCUCCUCCCUGUCUGGCUCCAGCCGCGAGAAGAGCAAGAGGGGCCUCGCGGCGAUCGUGAUAAAGUGGUUGUUUGUUGCUUUCGGUUGAUUUCUUCCGCAGCACGAUAAUAUUGUGGAUGCUGUGCCAAGAAAAGAAGAGGGCAGUGUGGUAUUUGUUGUAAGCAGCGCGGUGUGGAACGAUGGCGGAUAUGUUUCAAUUAUUUAGAGGGGUCUCGGUAGGCUUCAACCUUUCCAUCCGGACAAUUUUAUCGCUUAUCGCAUAGCCACACCGAAACACAGACACAGAGACACACAAAAACACACAAAUACACUCCCCCUUGACUGUAGGCGGCAACAAUUCGACCAACGUCAUACACGCCGGGGUAAUAAAUCACUUGCCGGGUAGUCCAGAACGCUCGAGCCGAAAAUAGUGAAUAUGUUAUGCGUUUUAAUGUGUGCUACCAGUUUGCGGAAGCAGCAGAAGCAGCAUAAAUGACGCGCGCAUUUGUCUAUGUUAGUAGUUUUGUCCCUAAAAGCAUUCCUAUUACUUCCAGAACCGCACGACAGGGGAGGAUAUUUUUUUAAAUGUUUUUAGUAAAGUAUAGUAGUAGAUUUUAAAACGAAAUUUCGCGCCAAAAAGAAAAGUAUUGAAGCAGGCGGCGGCUGUCAAACGUUUCAAUCAAUCCACUACCACCAUCAUCACCAAAUUGUACUAGAAAGAAAGAGAGAGAGAGAGAGAGAGAGAGAGAGAGAAAGAGAGAGAGAGAGAGAGAGAGAGAGAGAGAGAGAGAGAGAAAGAGAAAUAGAGAGAGGAAUGGUUAAAGAAAAAGCUUUGGAUUGCUCGAGUUUCCCGCGCAACCUUCGAGCAAAAGCCUUCGCGAAGCACACCGGUCAAUGACCUAGUAGGCUGGUUGCAAGAUUGCAUUCAACCACAUCCGGUUUGCCGGGAACACACACGACACGGAAACCGGAAAAGGGACACUAGGCAAGCCGUUUUAUGAAGAAGAAAAAUCAAACAAAAAGAGAAAACAAGAGAAACCAAAAAAUGUGCCUUAAUUUUACCCAAUUGGCUGAAAAAAAAACACUUUUUUCGGAUUAGGCUAGGCGCAAAAGGCGAGGAAAGUAUAUUUAUACACACGUGACGCGGGACGAACGCCGGGAAGAACACCGUUUGAGAAACAGCGCCGGCGGGGCAGACGAGAUGAGAAUUUUCCUUGGUUUUCCGCGAUUCAACCGAACAGUGCGGUCGCAUGUUCGUUUCUUUACAACAACCUGCGAAUGGUCAAUAAUGAAAAGCACACCGAGCUUAGCGAACGAGAAAAACAGAGAGAGAGAGAGAGCAAGCAAAGAGUGAGAUCGAAGAUUGGAGAAGAAACGGAGUGUCGAGGUAUGUUGUUAGCAGGUGGAAAGCUGCUGAGGCGAUUAACGUUUUUAGGUUUCCCUCUAUCACUAUCACAACCCCUGACACACGGAAGCAACACGUUCCCCGUUGCAUAGUUCGGUACCUUUUGCGUCCGCAGUUCCCAGUAGCCCCAUUUUAAACCCUCACCCCACAGUCAAACACAGACUCACACUCUCGUGUGCACUACCUGUAUGUUGUUGUUGUUUGUGCGAUACUUUUUGGCCAAACCUAUCGGACUAUCGACAUGGAGGCGCCUAGUAUGUUACAGAGCUCCGAGAACAGAGGGGAAUAAAACGGAAAAGAAACCAAACGAACGAAUGAACGAACGAGAUGAAUUGAUGAUGAUAUGAA